AUGGCGUCAAUCCUCAGUCGCAAGCCGGUGAGAGUACUGGAAGAGGACUCGCCUUCGAAUGGUACUCCGACGGACGCGGUGAUUUUCGUUGGGAUUAGCUUGGUGUUGGGAAUAGCGUGCCGACACGCCCUCAGGGGCACACGUGUCCCUUACACAGUGGCUCUGCUGAUUCUCGGAAUUGGCCUUGGUGCUCUGGAAUACGGAACACAUCACCAGUUGGGAAAGAUUGGCAAUGGGAUUCGCAUAUGGGCUGAUAUUGAUCCUGACCUUCUCUUGGCUGUGUUCCUUCCUGCGCUUCUCUUUGAGAGCUCAUUUUCUAUGGAAGUUCACCAGAUAAAGAGAUGUAUAAUGCAAAUGUUUCUACUUGCUGGACCUGGAGUGGUCAUUUCAACCUUUUUCAUUGGGGCUGCUUUAAAGCUUUUUUUCCCCUAUAACUGGAGCUGGAAUACAUCCUUGCUGCUUGGGGGCCUCCUCAGUGCUACUGAUCCUGUGGCUGUUGUGGCUCUUCUGAAAGAACUGGGAGCUAGCAAAAAACUGAAUACUAUAAUUGAAGGAGAGUCCUUGAUGAAUGACGGGACAGCAAUUGUGGUCUUUCAGUUAUUUUAUCGGAUGGUUCACGGCUGGAACUUUAAUUGGGGGGCAUUAAUCAAGUUUUUGUCACAAGUCUCUCUUGGAGCGGUAGGUAUUGGUGUUGCUUUUGGUGUAGCAUCUGUCUUGUGGCUGGGAUGUAUAUUCAAUGACACAGUCAUUGAAAUUUCUUUGACAGUUGCCGUGAGCUACAUGGCCUAUUUCACAGCCCAAGAGGGACUUGACGUCUCUGGAGUUUUGACAGUCAUGACUUUGGGAAUGUUUUACGCUGCUGUGGCUCGAACAGCCUUUAAAGGUGAAAGUCAGCAAAGCUUGCAUCAUUUUUGGGAUAUGGUUGCUUAUAUUGCUAACACAUUGAUCUUUAUCUUAAGUGGUGUAGUGAUAGCUGAAAGUGUGCUCCAAGGUAGCAGUAUAUUUGGAAGCCAUGAGCAUUCUUGGGGUUAUUUAUUCCUUCUAUAUGUGCUUGUUCAAGUUGCACGGGUCCUUGUAGUUGGACUAUUGUAUCCAUUCUUGAAAUAUUUUGGUUACGGUUUGGACUGGAAAGAAGCUAUUAUUCUGGUCUGGUCUGGUCUACGUGGGGCCGUGGCAUUAUCCCUCGCUCUCUCUGUUAAGCGUUCGAGUGACAACUCAUCAUAUAUCAGCUCUGAUACUGGAAGUCUGUUUGUUUUUUUGACUGGCGGAAUUGUAUUUCUUACGCUUAUGGUGAAUGGAUCGACGACUCAGUUUGUUUUACAAAUUCUUAAGAUGGACAGGCUUUCAGCAGCCAAGAGGAGAAUACUGAAUUACACAAAGUAUGAAAUGCUGAACAAAGCACUGGAGGCCUUUGGCGAUCUUGGGGAGGAUGAGGAGUUAGGACCUGCAGACUGGGGUUCUGUUAAACGAUACAUAAAAAGCUUAAAUGAUAUAGAUGGUGAACAAGAACACCCACAUUGCACUCCUGGAAAUAAUAAUGACCAUGAACAUAUGAAUUUGAAAGAUAUUCGAGUGCGCUUCUUAAAUGGUGUUCAGGCAGCUUACUGGGCCAUGCUUGAUGAGGGAAGGAUCACACAGACGACCGCCAAUCUUCUUAUGCGAUCUGUUGAUGAAGCAAUUGACCUGGUACCUCAUGAGGUUUUGUGUGAUUGGAAGGGCCUAAAAUCUUAUGUGAACAUGCCAAGUUACUAUAAGUUUCUCCAAGCAAGCAUUGUCCCGCCAAAGCUUGUGACUUAUUUUACUGUCGAGAGAUUAGAAUCUGCCUGCUAUAUUUGUGCUGCUUUUCUUCGUGCACAUAGAAUUGCAAGACAGCAACUACAUGACUUCAUUGGUAACAGUGAGAUUGCUGCCAUGGUAAUUAGGGAAAGUGAGCAGGAAGGUGAAGAACCAAGGAAGUUUCUGGAAGAUGUUCGGGUGACAUUUCCUCAGGUACUACGUGUUGUGAAAACAAGGCAAGUCACAUAUUCUGUGCUGAAUCAUUUGAUUGAUUAUGUACAUAAUCUUGAGAAGAUCGGCUUAUUAGAAGGAAAGGAAAUGAGCCAUCUUCACGAUGCUGUCCAGACUGACUUGAAAAGGCUAUUAAGAAACCCUCCUUUGGUCAAAGUUCCUAAAAUAAGGGAUUUGGUAUCUGCCAACCCUUUAUUGGGAGCUCUUCCUUCUAGGUUGCGUGAGACACUUGUAGGAUCGACUAAAGAAAUGAUGAAAUUAUCAGGAGCAACGCUAUAUAAAGAAGGAUCAAAGCCAACUGGUAUCUGGUUGAUAUCAAAUGGAGUAGUAAAGUGGUCAAGUAAAAGCCAUAAGCAUUUAUUGCACUCAAGUUUCACACAUGGAAGUACUCUUGGUUUGUAUGAAGUGCUUGCUGAAAGGCCCUAUAUGUGUGAUAUUGUCACCGACUCUGUGGUACUGUGCUUCUUUAUUGAGAAUGAAAAGAUAUUUUCCGCAUUGAGAUCUGAUCCUGCAGUGGAAGAUUUCUUUUGGCGGGAAAGUGUCAUUGUUCUUGCCAAGCUCAUGCUCCCUCACAUGUUCGAGAAAAUGCCGAUGCCAGAUUUAAGAACUCUUAUCGCUGAAAGGUCGACAAUGAAUAUAUACAUAAGGGGAGAAAGUUUUGAACUACUUGCACAUACUGUGGGUUUCUUAUUGGAAGGUUUUGUAAAGAUUCCAGGUGGUGAAGAAGAGCUGCUUACAGCUCCAGCAACAAUACUACCCCGUAGAAAUCAAAGUUUCACUCGACCUGAAACAUCAGGCGCCAGGGCAGAAAGUUUCAUUCACCAAGUUUCUGUGUAUCAAGUUGAGACGAGGGCAAGGGUAAUUACACUAGACAUUGCUGGGUUUGAAGCUGGUAGAAUUCUCCAAAAAGGGUCAUCUUCAAUAAUUUCACGUUCAGCCGAUUACCCGUCUGGAUCUCUUGUUCGAGACCAUGGUGGUCUGAUGAGUUGGCCUGAACAAAUGUUCAUUUCCAAACAUCAUGAUCCGGAAGCGUCGUACGAACAAGGAAGCAAUUUGUCUGCCAGGGCAAUGCAGCUGAGCAUUUAUGGUAGCAUGAUUAACAUUGGGGGACGACGCACUCGAAGUAGAAGAGUGAGGCCGGCGUACAGCGUGUCAUAUCCAAGAGUCCCUUCCAACCACACACAACGCCUAAUGGUCUCCUCAAAAUCCGAAGGUUCUGCUACCCUAUGCACGAGACUUGAUGGGCGAGAAGAUAGUAACAAAAAGCAAAUCGUUUCACGAAAUGAGGAGUUGCAUCACAACAACAAAAACCGUGCAACGAGAGAUGAGUCGAGCGACGACUCUGGUUGCGAGGACGAGCAUAUUGUGAGGAUUGAUUCCCCGAGCAAACUUUCUUUCUACCAGGCCUCUUGA